AUGAGUAGUAGCAGCAACAACCGCCAUGGCAAACCUGACGAGGAGAUGUUCCUCGACUCUCCCUCUGCUCAGAGACCUGGCCAUGAACCGCCCAUCGUGGAGCCCUUGAGGAUCAACAAGAGAGAAACCCCGUCUCCGGCAGCUUCCUCGAACCAACACGACUCCUCCGCUUCCUCUUCCUCCCUCCCCUAUCCUGACGACCGGCCCCAACCGCAGCAGACGCGCACCGGAAGCAGCGCCAUGGGCCAGCCGCCAUACUCAGAGACUGGACGGACCACAAGUCCUGCCCAGGCCAAUGCUUCUCCAGCAACAUCUACCAGCUCUGGAGGCCCGCGACCAUCAGAAUACCCUGCCGCUCUGCGGCCCCGCGAUGGACGGGAGCCCAAGCCUGCAACGCUGGCCGAAAGACGAGGGAACGUGCCAAAGCCAUUGCCUGAUACUCCCGGUCCAGAGACCCCAGAUAAGGACAGUCGCCUUCAAAGAGUUGCCCCAGGAGCGCCGGCCGCCCAGGGCAACAACGCAGAGAAUUCGAAUCAUCAUCUGGAUUACCGCCACCAGUACUUUCCUCCUCCUGGUGGCUCGACAGCCCUCAAUUCCUCGUCCGCGGCGCAGGCUCAUCUCCGAGAGUCGAAUCCCUCCUCGAUCAACCGUGUCAGCUCGACUACGUCCAUAUCGACCACCCGCGCCCAGCGGGGAUCUCCGCCGCCGCCAGAGACCCCCAUUGUUGAACCCGGUCAACAACCGGGAUCGGACAUCGAGGCUCGAUAUGCCGCCGCCGGAAUCGCGGGCACCUCGACGCUGGCGAGUCUGCAGGCUCAGAAUGCGGCCGCCCAGCAGAGAGCGAACCAGUAUGCCAAUCGACAACCUCGACCGCAGCAACCGGUGCAGCGGCCCUGGACACCCACCGAACAGCCUGGGACCCAACCUCACGGGCCUCCUACGGUCUACCAAGGUGUCAGUGAGAUUGGACCCCAGCAACAUCCGUUGGCCGCUUCGCCGCCGCCGAACCAACAAUCGGCUCCGGUCAAUCCUCCCACGUCGCGGCCCACGAUUCCCCCCAAUGCUCUGGAGGAAGACUUGCAGCGCAUGCAGAUCAACUCCUCCCCUCCUCCAGCAUACUCGAGCAUACAGGGAGCCGAUACAUCGCAAACGUAUCCCAACGAGAAACAGCGUCCAGCUGCAGGACCGCAAGGCCAUCCUGCUACAUCAUCAGCGGCGACGACGGGAGCAGGAGCUGCUGCUGUUACCUCCACAGUUCCCUCAUCUCAAACUCACCCCGCCUUUGCCAAUGACCCUAGACAACAACAACAACAACAACAACCGGGACCGUCGCCACAGCAGGCUCACCAAGCCGGGGUGCCUGCUGACCAACAUCCCCAGGUCACCGCAUCUCCCGCACCGAGUGGAGUGCCUCCCGCAUCGCCCCCUCCCUUACCGGAGGGCUGGAUCGCUCAUUUGGACCCAAACUCCGGACAAUACUACUAUAUCCAUCUGCCGACGCAGUCGACACAGUGGGAGUUUCCCAAGGGGCCUACCCCCCUGAACCUCAACGACACUCCAUUGUCGCCGGUGGGAAGUGUCUACAGUGGUCACCCUCUCGCAUCACCGGGCCUGUCCACAUUCGGAGGCAAGCCACUCGCGUCUCCGGGAAUCCCACUGACCCCUGGUUAUGAAAGCUUCGCCGCUGCAGCUGCAGGUCCACCUCCUCCGAGCAGCGGGGUAGAUUUAUAUAAAGUGGCGCCCACAAACGGGGUCUACUUUGGACCCUAUCUCCGAUAUACCAAUAUCGAUCUGGAACGGGGGAUCUGGCUGGGAUCUAUUCUUCUCGUGACUGAUGCCCCUCAUCCGCCCACCAUCCAUAUCCAUCAAAGCAUCGAUCUCUCUCCGAAUCCCCGGCAGCUGAAAGCCGUCAACAUCGCCGUUCACCGGCGGUGGACAUUUUACAAGUAUGAAAUCGACCUGAAGAUGGAGGACGGUCCGACCAAAUGGACUUAUGCCGUCACGUCCCACCUGGGGUGCACCCGCUACGAGUUCUUGGUCGCUGGUCGGCACGAGACGAAUUGGCGGUUCAUUGCAACCUCGGGCAAUGAUUUCGCUAUCAAUGUCAACGCCAACGAACGAGCUCGCCUUGGGGGCGUGGGAUUCAUGUGGAAGGACAUCAUGCAGAAGCAUGCAGAGAUUGGAGGGUUCCAUGUGCAACUAGGCUUGGGGGGACAGAUCUUUGCAGACCGUAUCUGGAAGGAGAUCCCCUUGCUCAAGCAAUGGCUGGCAACCAGUGGAAAGGAGAACCGGAAGAAUGCCCCGUGGACGGCGGCUCACGAGGAGGAUGUCACUCAUGCGUACUUCCACUACUACACCAGCCACUUUGACCAACCGUAUCUCCGGGAGGCGUUUGCUCAAAUCCCGUACAUCCUGCAGUUGGAUGACCAUGAUAUAUUCGACGGGUUCGGGUCAUACCCUCCGCACAUGCAAUUCUCGAACAUGUUCAAGAACAUUGGACGGAUCGGGAUCGAGAUGUAUCUGCUCUUCCAGCAUCAUACCACCCUCGAGCUACUCCGGAAUGUCAACUCAGACAUAGAUCUGUUCACCAUCACAGGAACAGGAUGGCAUUUUGUGAAAUAUCUGGGGCCGGCCGUCGUGGUCGUUGGACCGGACUGUCGUUCAGAACGGAACCCACACCAGGUAAUGGCUGGGCCCACGUAUCAGGGCCUAUUCCCUAAGAUCGCAAUGCUGCCGCCCAGUGUCCAGCACUGUAUCUGGAUGAUUUCCGUGCCUGUGAUCUAUCCCCGGAUGGAAACGACCGAGCAGCUGGCGCAGGCCGUGGCUACGGGAAAGAAGGCUGUCACGGGCGCGUACAACCUGCUCGGGAAAGUAACCAGCUCGGUGGCCGGCGUGGUCGGGGCCAAGGACGCUGUGGGCUCCGGGUUUGAUGCCGUGAAGCGAGCGGUGGGGAAGUCGGGCCUCAUGGGUGGCGUGUUGAACUCCUUUGGGGAUAUCGACAUACUCGACGAGCUGAGAGAUCAGUGGACGCAUGAAUCCAAAGAUCUCGAGCGAACAUACUUGAUCCGAACGCUGCAGGGGAUCGCGCGCCAGAAAUCGAUCCGCAUGACUUUUAUAUCUGGUGCAGUCAAUGUUUGCGGUGCCGGUCUGGUUCACGAUCCGAGCCAUCCCAACGACCACAAGACCAUGUACCAGCUCAUCGCGUCUCCGAUAGUCAAUACACCGCAGCCGUCGUACAUUUUGAAAUUGCUCCACAGCAACAAACCCUCGUAUAUUCCCGCCAACGGACAGCGGUCCACCCCGUCCCAGCCGACCGACACCAAGGAGGACAUGCUGGAGCUCUUCCAGACGGAGGUAACGGGCCAGCCGCGCGAAUUCCGCCGCCUCAUGGGCCGUCGAAACUAUGUAGCGGUCGUGGCCUUUGACCCGGACGUGGUGUCGGGCACUGGGCAAGGGAGCGGGAAGCUCAGUCUGGCAGCGGAUUUCAUGGUACAGGGUGAGGGAGCUUACGCGAGUGUAGUCAAGUAUGGGCCCGUCAUUAUCCCGAGUCUGGAGUAUGGUAGAUAG